CUGACAGGCAGAACUCACCAGUCACAUCACCAGGAUCCUCUCCGCUUGCCCAGAGAAGAAAGCCACAGCCUGACGCUCUCCAGAUCCCACAUCUAAGCCUGCCACCAGUACCUCCUCGCCUGGAUCUAAUUCAGAAAGGCAUAGUUCGAUCGCCCUGUGGCAGCCCAACUGGUUCACCAAAGUCUUCUCCUUGCAUGGUGAGAAAACAAGAUAAACCACUUCCAGCACCACCUCCUCCCUUAAGAGAUCCUCCUCCCCCUCCGCCUGAAAGACCUCCCCCAAUCCCACCUGACAAUAGACUGAGUCGACACUUCCAUCCUAUGGAAAGUGUGCCUUCCAGAGACCAGCCAAUGCCUCUUGAAGCCUGGUGCCCUCGGGAUGUGUUUGGGACUAAUCAGUUGGUGGGUUGUCGACUCCUAGGGGAUGGCUCUCCAAAGCCUGGAAUCACAGCAAGUUCAAAUGUAAAUGGAAGGCAUAGUAGAAUAGGUUCUGAUCCAGUGCUUCUGCGGAAACACAGACGCCACGAUUUGCCUCUAGAAGGAGCAAAGGUCUUUUCCAAUGGUCACCUUGGAAGUGAAGAAUAUGAUGUUCCUCCCCGGCUAUCUCCUCCUCCUCCGGUUACCACCCUUCUCCCUAGCAUAAAGUGUACUGGUCCGUUAGCAAAUUCUCUUUCAGAGAAAACAAGAGACCCAGUAGAGGAAGAUGACGAUGAAUACAAGAUUCCUUCAUCCCAUCCUGUUUCCCUGAAUUCACAACCAUCUCAUUGUCAUAACGUAAAACCUGUUCGGUCUUGUGAUAAUGGUCAUUGUAUAUUGAAUGGAACACAUGGUACGUCUUCAGAGAUGAAGAAAUCAAACAUUCCUGAAUUAGGCAUAUGUUUAAAAGGAGAUGUUUUUGAUUCAGCCUCUGAUCCAGUGCCAUUACCACCGGCCAGGCCUCCAACUCGGGACAAUCCAAAGCAUGGUUCUUCACUCAACAGGACGCCCUCUGAUUAUGAUCUUCUCAUCCCUCCAUUAGGUGAAGAUGCUUUUGAUGCCCUCCCUCCGUCCCUCCCACCUCCCCCACCUCCAGCAAGGCAUAGUCUCAUCGAGCAUUCAAAACCUCCUGGCUCCAGUAGCCGACCAUCCUCAGGACAGGACCUUUUUCUGCUCCCUUCAGAUCCCUUUUUUGAUCCAGCAAGUGGCCAAGUUCCUUUGCCUCCUGCUAGGAGAUUACCAGGUGAAAAUGUCAAAUCUAACAGAACAUCACAGGACUAUGAUCAGCUUCCUUCAUCUUCAGAUGGUUCACAAGCACCAGCCCGACCCCCUAAACCACGACCCCGCAGGACUGCACCAGAAAUUCACCACAGAAAACCCCAUGGGCCUGAGGCAGCAUUGGAAAAUGUAGAUGCAAAAAUUGCAAAACUCAUGGGAGAGGGUUACGCCUUUGAAGAGGUGAAGAGAGCCUUAGAGAUAGCCCAGAAUAAUGUCGAAGUGGCCCGGAGCAUCCUCCGAGAGUUUGCCUUCCCUCCUCCUGUUUCCCCACGUCUAAAUCUAUAGCAGCGAGAACGGUGAACACCCAAAUGGGAAGCAAUCGACACCUAUUCCAGGAGUGCGGACAUGGGAGAAUUGAGAUGGAUUCAGGAGAGAAGGUGUCUUCUCAUGUAGCAUCUUGAGAAGGGAGGCUUGGGAGUGCAGCUUCUCAGAAGGAGACUGCUGCUUGCUCAGGAUGUCGACAGCUGUGGCUUCCUUGUUUUUGCUAGCCAUACUUUUAAAUCAGGGUUGAACUGACAAAAAUAAUUUAAAGACGUUUACUUUCCUUGAACUUUGAAUCUGUGAAAUGCUUUUCCUUGUUUACAAGUUGGCAAAGUUGCAGUUUGUUUUUGUUUUUAGUUUAGUUUAGUUUUUUUUUUUUUUUGAUACCUGUACUGUGUUCUUGACGGACCCUUUGUAGCGUGGUCAGGUCUGCUGUAACAUUUCCCACCAACUCUCUUGCUGUCCGCAUCAACAGCUAAAUCACUUAUUCAUUUUGGUCUCGACCAUCCACACCCCCUCCCCAGGUCCAAUUCCAUUUCUCCCAUUCACAAGAUGCUUUAAAGGUUCUGAUUUUCAAUUUAUCAAACUAAUGCAAAAAAAGUAUGUGUUCUGCACUACUGAUUUUUUUCCUUUGGAAACUAUCACUAUUGUGAAAUGGGGAAAACCUGAAUGUAUAAAGCAUUUAUUUGUCAAUAAACUGCCUUUUAUCAGGAGUUUUCACAUAA